AUGGCUGACCACAGAAAACAAUAUUCAUAUAUGGUUUGUUUCUCCAUUGAUCCAGUGAAAUUUGGGUUUUCUUGUCACAGUUUACCUGAUCAACAGAAAUUUCAAGGAUUAAAUGCAUUUAACAACUAUUUUGAUAUGUUAGCACCAAAUACAAAUGCGAAAACCAUUCCUGACAUGUGGGAUGGUUAUUAUAGAAUUACAUUAGCUCAAUUUGGAAGUAGCCUUGAACCAGAACAACUGAAAAAGCAGUUUGAAUCAUUCCGUCCUACAAUUAGUAAUGUUAGGAUACAAGAGCCGUUGUUUAAAACCCAAAAAAUAGGCUGUGCUACUCAUCAUUUUCGAUUUGAUCAGAACUUUGCGAAUAAACCUAUCGCAUUAUUCAUGAGUUGCCCAUCCAACUUUAAAUUUGAUACCACUCUCAAAGAGAUUAAAGAUCGAAUCAAUGAUCGUAAAUGGCGUGGAAUACCGAACGACUCACUCCAUAUGAAUAUUCGACUAUAUUCAGAUGCUCAAUGGACUUGGGAAAAAAUCGAGCAAUAUGAUAUUCCUGCAAAAGUGAUCGAACACCCUAUCGAAGUGUAUCAUGCAACGUUGGAAAUUAUUCCAAGUCGAAAAACAUGUAAAGCUGUAUAUAGAAAAAAUUCAAGCAAUUCAUGGUGGGAGGGUGCUACUCAAUUGGAUGAAAGUUGUUCUUAUUGUGGAUAUUAUCCACAGGGAAACAAAUGGGAAGGAACGGAUUAUUCAAAUGAACUUGAUACUUUAUCAUCGAAGUUCGAUAAUAAACUUCGUAUAUGA